AUGGCAUAUAAGUCCCUAGACGCAGGUACAUACCAAAGCAUGCAGAUUCACAUUGAGGCGAGCCAAGCAAGCGCAGCAAUGGAGCUUGAUCCGGUCGUGGUGGAUGGCACGUCCUUUGCCCUCAACGGCCGCAACCUCUCCUACCGGUUCCACGUCGAUGACGCCAGCGGCGACCUCGUCUCCUCGCACUUUGGCGCCUCACUGCCCUCCACGCUCCCCGACGCGGCCGUCGGGCGCCAGGGCGGAUGGUCCAACAUGGGCGACGUGCGGCGCGAGUUUCCCGACCUCGGCCGCGGCGACUUUCGCGCGCCGGCGUUUCGCGUCCGCACCGCCGCGGGCGGCACCGUCACGGCCCUCAAGUACCAGUCGCACGAGGUCCGUCCUGGGAAGGCGGCGCUGGAGGGCCUGCCGUCGACAGUGGCCGCGGGAGGCGAGGCGUCGACGCUGGUGAUUCACUUGUUAGACAAGCACAGCCAGAUUGCGGCGGAGCUAAUGUAUACCGUGUUUCCGGAGCACGAUGCCAUUGCGAGGAGUGUCAAGAUUACGAAUAAAGGAAAGGGAGACAUCACGGUGGAAAAGUUGGCGAGCAUCAGCGUGGAUCUGCCGCAUGCAGAGUAUGACAUGAUUGGCCUCCGUGGCGAAUGGACGCGAGAAUGCAGCAGGACUCGUCGUGCAAUCGACUACGGCUCACAAGGCUUUGGAAGCAUGGUCGGAUACUCCUCCCACUUCCACAACCCCUUUGUCGCACUCGCACCACCAACUACGACCGAAUCCGACGGGGAAGCCUGGGGCUUCUCCCUCGUCUACUCUGGCUCCUUCCGCGCCGAAGUCGAAAAGAGCCCGCACGGCGCGGUGCGCACCCAGAUCGGGCUCCACGACGCGCAGCUCUCAUGGCCGCUCGGCCCCGGCGAGGCACUCGUGUCGCCCGAGUGCGUGGCCGUGUACUCCAACGCCGGCGUCGGGGGCAUGUCGCGGCGUCUGCACCGGCUGUACCGGCGGCACCUCAUCCGCAGCUCGUUUGUGGACCAGCCGCGGCCGGUGCUGCUCAAUAGUUGGGAGGGCGUCUACUUUGACUUUGACGGGGACACCAUCGUGGAGAUGGCGUCCGCCACCGCCGACCUCGGCGUCAAGCUCUUUGUCAUGGACGAUGGUUGGUUCGGUGCCAAGUACCCGCGCACGAGCGACCACGCGGGCCUGGGCGACUGGACGCCCAAUCCUGCGCGCUUCCCCGACGGGCUCAAGAAUGUCGUCGAUAGAACCACGGCGCUUACCGUCGCAGGGUCGGACGAGAAGCUCAAGUUCGGCAUCUGGGUCGAGCCCGAAAUGGUCAAUCCCAAGUCGGAGCUUUUCGACAAGCAUCCCGACUGGGCACUCCAGGCCGACGGCUAUCCGCUCACAGAAGCCCGCAACCAGCUCGUGCUAAACCUCGCCCUGCCCGCGGUGCAAGAUUUUAUCAUUGAUAGCAUGACAACUCUGCUGCGCAGUGCGCCCAUCGCCUACGUCAAGUGGGACAACAACCGCGGCAUCCACGAGACGCCCGCCCCCACGGUUUUCCACGCCUACAUGCUUGGUCUGUACCGCGUGCUCGGCGAGCUCACCACACGCUUCCACGACAUCCUCUGGGAGGGCUGCGCCUCGGGCGGCGGCCGGUUCGAUGCGGGCAUGCUGCCGUACUUUCCGCAGUCCUGGACAUCCGACAACACAGACCCGGUCGACCGCAUCGCCAUUCAAUUUGGUACGACCGUCGCAUACCCCGCGUCGACCAUGGGCGCCCACGUCGCCAAGGUACCCAACGAGACGACGAAACGCGUAACAUCGCUGGCGUUCCGCGCGCACGUCGCCAUGAUGGGUGGCUCGUUCGGCUUCGAGCUGGAUCCGCGCGGCGGGGACAUUCCCGACGCGGAUCGGGCGCAGAUCCCCGCGCUCAUCAAGCUGGCGGAGAAGAUCAACCCCAUUGUCGUGAAUGGCGAUUUGUGGAAGUUGAGCCUACCAGGCGAGUCGAAUCACCCCGCGGCGCUCUUCUUGGCGGAAGACGGAUCGCGGGGCGUCUUGUUUGCGUUUCAGAUGUUGGGACAGACGGUGCACAGCCAACCGACGCUACGUCUGCAGGGACUGAAUGCGAAUGCGCACUACCGUCUGGACGGGGAAAAGGAGUACUCGGGUGCAACGUUGAUGAAUGGUGGGCUGCAGUUCCGCUUUGCUGGUGAUUACGACAGCAGGGCCAUGCUCAUCGAGCGGGUGUAA